AUGGCGCGUCUUGGCGCGCGCGCGCGCUGCGCGCGGCUGUCUGCGCGAGGUGGGAGGGCCGGUGGUGGGGGCAGCUCGGAUGCACGUUGCAGCGCGCCUUGGCCUCGACGCUGUUGGGCGGUUGCUGGCGAGCGCCGGCGCAGCCUACCGGCGACCAGCACACACCGCUCGGGUGCGUCCUGGAGCUCGCCGAGGAUGAGCAACCCUCCAGGUUGCCUUAGCGUGCGUGAUGCGCAUGAGCGUGCUGCGAUCGCAGAAGAGAAAAACAAGGUCAAACAAGGAACCCAAAAACAAUCCGAAGGACACCAGUGCCGGAGUGGGGGACGGGCAGACGACUCACGCCAAGCGCGGCUGGCUGCGAAGGACCUGGCAGCUGCAAAGGAGAGGAUUGCUGACCAUCGGAGUAUAUCGGAGUGCGAAGGUAGACGUGCUGGCCGCGUGGGAUGGCGGGGGCGCAGCCCGGGCACGGCAGCGGGCGAGCAGGCGGAUGAAAGAUGCUGCCUCGGCGCUCCACCGACUGCCGACUUCAAUGCCGAGAACGACAAGGUGGCCACGCCGCGAGCCGACCAGCUCAGGGUACGUCCGCUCUUUGCUUCGGCGGGCGGCACGGAGCGCCCCUGA